AUGACGUCCUUAUACCCAGGUACGCUGUUUUAUACCCCUGGCCUCAACCGUCGGUCGACACCCACCAAGGCUGGCACGACUUCCGAGGAACUGGCAAAGCGAUACAAGAGAUUACCAUAUAAUGGACGACCUUGGCCAGCACCAAGUCCUGUGGCAGGAGUGUAUGACAUUAGUAACAGCAGCACACAGCUCAUCAUAAUGAACAACAAAGUUCGCAAGAAAAGUAAGUUGCGAGGCCACAAUGACCCUGACCAGGAAUCUGACAGACUUCCAAACCCUGAACGCCAUUCCCGGAAUCCAACUCCAGUCAACAAGGAAUUCCACACAAAAUGCCUUAAUUCGCAGUCCCCUCGCUACACACCCUCUGUCUGCAGUGAACUAGAGUGGAACAACAAUUCUCAGAGAUCCCCUGCUAAGUUCUUUGAUGGCUCCCCUGUCAAUCCCAAGAGGCACACAGCAUGUCGAGUACCCAGCGACCCAAAAGCAUUCCAGAUUGGCAUGUUAACAGACUCUCCUCGACGUUCCUCAAGUCGUCUUUCCUUACCAGCACGGUUUCAGUCCAGUCCUCUGUUGACCCACCCAGAGCUAAAGCCUGGGGAACGAGCAUACCUAACUCACAUAGCACGUAUUUACAGCGCCGGGCAGAUGAUGAAGCUGAAACAGGCACAAUACAACCAACUGCUCUUCAAGGAAAUGGAAAAAGGUCUGUAUGGUAGGGACGAGGUAGAAAGAUAUGGCCGUUUUAUCAACAUGGGGAAGGAUCGUCAGUAUCAGAUGCUGCGACCUGCAACUGGCUUCCGACGUGUCAUGUCUGCUCCUCCUGAGAAAUACCAUGUGUAUGAUAGCACCACCACAUACUCAAACAACGAUGACUCCUUCUCAACAGAAAAAUCCUCUGAUCUCAAGAACAAUUCCAGUGAUGAAAAGGAAGGGAAGCGACCUAAAACAGUUCGUCCCAAGUCGACCAGGGAACGACAAUUGUCACCAAGGUCAAAAACACAGCAAGCCUACAAAACAGCUCCCGAGAUUCCACCGACUCGGACAAGCAAAGGAUCAGCUAGUAAACCUAAUGUUAAAGUGAAUCGCAACCAAAACAGUAGUAAGGUUGGAAAAGAGGAGGAAAAGAAACAAGUGUCACCAGCCACUACGUCCAGUGAUAGUUCUUCUGAUAACAACAGGCUCGAGGAAGGCAGCAGCUCGCACAGGGAGGGAGUGGAUAGGCCAAAGUCUCGCCUAGGUCAUGCCAGUGCCAAGACAGCAGAUAAUGAGUCUGGAAGUUCUUUAACUAUGAAAGAUGACGGUAAUACAUCCUCUGAUGAAAGUCAAGGUCAGCAAAAGUUAUCAAUGGAAGAAAGCAAAGGUCAGCAAAGGUCAUCAGACGACAGUGACAGCCAAAAGAGGUCAAGUCAGGAGGAAAAUCAGCAGAGGUCAUCAGACAAUAGUGAAGGUCAACAGAGGUCAUCAGACAAUAGUGAAGGUCAACAGAGGUCAUCAGACAAUAGUGAAGGUCAACAGAGGUCAUCAGACAAUAGUGAAGGUCAACAGAGGUCAUCAUCAGAUGAAGAAAAAGGUCAGUUUAAGCCCUCAGUAGAGGAGAGUACUGGGCAGGAGACAUCGGUCACUGAAGAGUAUAGCCAAGAUGAUGACCACAACACAAAGUCUGACUACACGACUUCUGAAGAAACACAACCAACGAAAUCCACAACAGAAAACACCUACACUUCUCAAAGAACCCAGGAGAAAUCUGAGGUUUACUCAAGUUCUGCUACUCAAGACAUCACACCUCAGGACAAUACAGAGAGCUCUAAUGAAGAUACAUAUACCAUGACAUAUGAAAGUUCUGCCACCAACCAGCCUACUGAUAAUACAAUGUCUGAUCCCCGAAAUCUUAGCACAGAAAAGUCUAGCUCUGCUGAGGACAAAACCACGACAAAUUAUACUGAUGAUAGUAAGGCGCAGCAAUCGCGACGUGAUUCCUUGGAAACUGAUGACCUAGACGACCCACGACGUGUCAACAAGGACGUUGAUAAAAUAGAAUACUGAGA